UUGCCUGCAUUUCUAUCGAUACCCUUGCCAUUACUAUCGGUAUCACUUAGUAUUACUCGUUGAUACGCACGGCGAGACAGUUGUUUCGAAAUCACACUCGGCUUCGGGGUCGAUUCAUUGUUCAAUUGCGGAACGUAUAAAUAAAGUUUACACGAUGGCAGAUAUGUCGAUAAACGUUAUCACGCCGCGAAAGAUGUCUUUCGGUAUUAAUGGAAAACUGAACGGUUUGGAAAGUAAAACGCCGUUUUUAAUCGGCGUUUCCGGUGGCACGGCCAGUGGGAAAUCAACUGUUUGCAAACGUAUAAUGGAGAAACUGGGACAAGUUGAUAUGGAUCACAUGCAGCGACAAGUAGUUUGCAUUUCACAGGAUAGUUUUUAUCGCGACUUAUCGCCGGCUGAGAAACUGAAAGCCGAGAAAGGACAAUAUAAUUUCGAUCAUCCCGAUGCUUUCGAUAACGAUUUGAUACUUCAAACGUUACGAGAUAUACUAGCUGGUGUGAAAUGUGAAAUACCAUCUUACGAUUAUAGAACGAAUAGCUUAAUCAAAGAUCAAACAACAACAAUCUACCCUGCGGACGUAGUUCUAUUCGAAGGAAUUUUAGUGUUUUAUUUUCCUAAGAUACGAGAUUUAUUUCAUAUGAAACUGUUCGUAGAUACCGAUUCGGAUACUAGAUUGGCUAGAAGGGUACCACGAGAUAUAAAGGAAAGAGGAAGAGACUUAGAUUACGUAUUGAAUCAAUAUAUGAAUUUUGUAAAACCUGCAUUCGAAGAAUUUUGUCUUCCUACAAAGAAGUUUGCAGAUGUAAUUAUACCCAGAGGUGCAGAUAAUACAGUGGCAAUAGACCUUAUAGUGCACCACAUCUGGGACAUUUUGCGUUUGAAAAAGGCUGAAAACUCAUCCGGGCAGCAUCCAUACAUCUACCAACAUAGGCAUACCUCAAUUUCCGACUCGCUCAGCAGAUGAUCUAAGCAUAAUACACUCAUUUAUAAGCAUUGCGUUUUUACAUAUUUAUCAUACAUUUAUGUAUAAGCAAGUUAUUUGCAGUAAUUUUGAAUCUUUUUUUUAAAUAUUUAAUAUGUCUCUUCUAUAGUUACAGAACUGUAUUUGUAUUAAAUUUAUAUUGAGCAACAGAAUUGCUUUUAAUAUGCGUGCAUUCAUUAGUCCCUUACAUAGGAUAAAAUUAAUUUUACACUCUUCCUAAAAUAUGGACAUACUGCAUGGUUAUACAAAAUACAUCAUUCUAAUAUACUAGAGAGAUUCAAGUAUUACUCACACAUAUGAAUAUUUGUAAGUACGUGUGUAUGUAUAUGCAAUUAUGCAUGGAAUUGAAAGCUUAGACUUUUUACACGAUGUUAUUCCUUGACCGGUUCGCCGCUUUCUAUAUUCGUAUAGACGUACAUUGAAAUUUUAUAAACAAGCAUAAAGCAUAUAAACGUUAUCCUGUAGUGCUAGUUUUUUAUUCGAUUCCUUUAUUUUGAAAAUAAAUGCUAAACACAUUUUAAUUCCCAUAACAGUAUAUCGUUACAUGGAACAAUUAUCAUUUGACAUGUAUAAUUUUAUGACAUUUGUUUAUAUUGUAAACUGAUAUAAUAAUAAAGAAUGAACUCCCUGUCGUCGAACGAGCAAUCUUUAACCGUUUACGUACUUAU